AUGUCACAUCCACAACAGACGUUCUCUCCACCGCCGCCGCCAUCAACUCUCUACACAUCCACCCCACCAGCUCCACCACCGAAACCGUUGGACUCGGCACCACCUCCACAAGGUCGCCCUCCACCGCCUCCGCCGCCUCCGCCGGGCUACAGUCAUAAUGGAUCCACAGAUGUAGACAACGGCAACGGAUAUCGUCCGCAGCCAAAUCCCGCGGCGCAAACCCAGAUUCCUCCGAUCCAGAGCGACUGGCUCCCCGAGAUCCUCGCCGACAAAUCAACCCAGGAUCUCCAGACCCUCCUCUCCGACCCCACCCUCCAAUCCGCCCUCGUCUCCGAUCCCGCAACCACCCAUCCGGCGAUAACCGCCUCCGAAGCCGCCCUGGAACCGUACCUCACCGCCAACAUCGCGCUGGCGAACAACACCCUCGAGCUCGAGUCCCGCUUGCAGGAGCUCCGCGCCCAGACCCAGUCCCGCCUCCUCGCCCUCCGGGGCCUGAAACAACAACACGAAGCGAAACUCAAAGAGGCCGAGGCCGCGCUGUGGGAAUAUAGCCCGAUGGCUCUGAAGCAGCGGUUGAACGCUAGUUUGCUGGAGCAGGAGCAGCUCUUGAGGGAUGUGGAGGAGGGCUGGCUUGAUGAGGAUGGGCUUGCGUCGGAGAAGGAGGUGGCGGAACUUGUGAGGAGGGUGAAGGAGGUCAAGAAGUUGGCGUUUCUGAGGCAGGAGAGGAAGGCGAGGUGGGACGAGGCACGGGUGGGAGGAUGGCGGUGA